AUGGCAAACCCAGAAGACUUUGAUACUGGUCCACGAAAGGCAGAAAAUGCCACGGAGUUAAAGAAAGAAUUGCAGAGACAGAUAAAGCCCAUUCUUGAUGAAGAUGAUUACGAGAUUAAGAUCAUUCUUCACGAAGACCAUUGGUCACGCCCUCUAAAGAAAGUCAUCUCCUAUACUAUCCUCAGCCCCAAUCACUUGGUGCGAGAAAUGAUAGCACAAUGGUGCAAGGACCAUAGUAGCAUCAAAGUACCAGAGCCUCUUGAACCUAUAAUUAGUGAGACAGUGAUAACUGAAGCAGACGAAGUUUGUUUAAAUUUGCUGCUCGAAAAGAUUUCCUCUUCUUCAAUCUCUGAUCAGAAAAAAGCAGCAAGAGAGCUUCGGCGUCUAACCACAUAUCAGCCCUCAUUUCAAGCCCUUUUUGUAGAGUGCAAGGACGAUAUUUCCAGAUUGCUCGAACCACUUGUUUCACCAGCCAGUACUAGUAGUGCAGCUGAUUUGCUGCUGGAUCCUGAACUCCAAGAGGAUUUGAUCACACUGCUUCAGAAUGUCUCGGUUCACGAGAAAAACAAGAGACCCAUUGCAGAGACUCCUAUUGUCAUCCCUUCGUUGAUUGAAAGGUUGAAAACCGGAUUGACCAUUCAAACGAGAAGCAAUGCACUUCCAGCACUCUUCACGUUAGCAGCAGUCAAUGGCAACAAGGCUAUUAUUGUUAAUUCGGGAGCUCUCAAACCUUUGAUUGAUCUUGUAGAAGAAGGGCAUCCACUGGCAAUGAAGGAUGUUCUUAAAACAAUAUCCAGACUGUGUGAGUACCGAGAGAAUCAAGUGAGAGCUGUCCAGGAUGGGGCUGUGAGGGUGCUCGUGAAAAAGAUUGUGGAGGAGGAGGGUACAGGACCAGUUGUUGUUAUGUUGUUGACAGUUCUGACAUCGCUUUCAAGCCAACAGCAAGCUGUGGAGGAGUUGGGGAGCUUGGCGCGGUGCCUUGGUUGCUGA